GAGUGUAUUUAUUAAUAGAAAUUAAUUGUUCUUUAUUGUAAUAGUGUAGGAAGUUUCUCUCAAUUUUGGUUUUUAGUAAAAAGAUAAAUAUUUGAAUGAGUUAAAACAGAUUUAUGAAGGAUUAUGGAUGUCACAUUAGCAGAUAUAAAGGCCAUUGAUGUAUUUAUUUAUUUUCAUUUAUAUAUUUAUUUACUUAUUAUUGAACUGAAAGAGCGAGAGAGACGCAGGUCCAUCAGUGAUGAAUAUUUUAUUUAGUACAGUACUCUACAGGCCCUGUGAUUGUGCUUCUGCUUUUUGUUUCUAUUGAUUUACCAUAAUGCAUCAUUAUAUGCUUUCUCUCUCUCUCUCGCUCUCUCUAUCUCUCUCUCUCUCUGUUUUGAAUAAGUCUCUCACUCAUUUGCCUGUUUGACUUUGUAUCUCUGCUUCUAUCUGGCCUUCUAUGGGAUGGAGUGAUAGCCGAGGACCCAGGCAGGCAAAUCCUAAUCAAAUCCAGUCUCUCUGUGUGUGUGUGUGUGUGUGUGAGCGAGACAUUAGUGUCAGGAGGAAGGGAAAGAGUGCACUUACGAAGCUUGUUCCACGAAGCUGAGCUGAAACACACAUCACUUACAGAUUUGUCAUUAACAACAGGAUUGAGAGCUGGUUGUGAAGUUGGAGAUGGAGCAAACAUUCAGAGCCGUCACGCGCACUCCGGGCAUCAUCAUCUGGAGAAUCGAGAAAAUGGAGCUGGUUGUCAUCCCGGAGAAAACUCACGGCAAUUUUUUCGAAGGCGACUGUUACCUCGUCCUGUGUACGAAGAAAUCGGGCAGUACCUUGACGUACAACAUUCACUACUGGAUCGGCGCUGAGGCGAGUCAGGAUGAACAGGGUGCUGCUGCUGUUUAUGCCGUUCAGCUCGACGACUUUCUGGGCUCGAGUCCCAUCCAGUACCGUGAGGUCCAAAGCAACGAGUCCACGAUCUUCUGUGCAUACUUCAAACAGGGACUCAUUUAUAAAAAAGGUGGUGUGGAUUCGGGGAUGAAACACGUGGUGACGAACGUGAGUGACGUUAAGAGACUGCUGCACGUGAAGGGACAGAGGAAAGUCUCUGCCAAAGAGGUGGAAAUGAGCUGGACGAGUUUUAAUCUCGGAGACGUUUUUCUGCUGGACAUUGGAAAAUCGAUUAUCCAGUGGAACGGCCCGGAGAGCAACACACAGGAGCGCCUGAAGGCGAUGUUGUUGGCGAAGGACAUUCGUGAUCGUGAGCGUGGAGGACGUGCUGAGAUCGGGCUGAUCGAGGGCGACGCAGAGGACAAAUCCCCGGCGUUGAUGGAGCUUUUGUGCAGCACGAUCGGAGAACGGCCGGCAACGCUCCCGAACGGAACCUCGGACGAAAAAGCGGAUCAGGAACAAAUGUCUCAGGUCACGCUGUACCAAGUGACUGAUGCUGAUGGGGAAAUGAAGGUGAGAGAGGUUGCUAGCAGGCCUCUGGUGCAGGAUUUAUUGAAUCAUGAUGACUGUUACAUCGUGGAUCAGGGCGGAGUGAGACUGUUCGUGUGGAAAGGGAAAAAAGCGAAUAAAACUGAGAAACAGGCAGCGAUGUCCCGAGCUGUGGAGUUUAUUAAGCAGAAAGCUUAUCCUCACACCACUAACGUGGAGGUGGUUCAUGACGGAGCAGAAUCAGCACUGUUUAAGCAACUGUUCCAGAGCUGGAGUGUUAAAGAUCAGACUGUAGGGAUGGGACGCACAAACAACGUGGGCCGAAUCGCCAAAGUGGCGCAGGAGAAGUUCGACGCCUCGACGCUGCACGUGAUGCCUGAAGUCGCCGCUCAGCAGAGGAUGGUGGACGAUGGAAGUGGACAAGCACAGGUGUGGAGGGUUGAGAAUAUGGAGCUGGCUGAAGUGGAUGCUAAUCUACACGGGUAUUUCUACGGAGGCGACUGUUAUCUCAUCUUAUACACGUAUGAAGUUAACGGCAAGAAGAACUACAUCCUGUACAUGUGGCUGGGUCGUCACGCGUCUCAGGAUGAGAUCACAGCAUGUGCGUUCCAUGCGGUGGCGGUGGAUCAACAGUACGGUAAUGAGCCUGUUCAGGUGCGAGUUACGAUGGGUAAAGAGCCGAGACACUUCAUGGCCAUGUUUAAGGGCAAGAUGGUGGUGUUUGAGGGAGGAACCUCCAGAAAAUCUGAGGCAGUCGAGGAGCCCCCGGUGCGUUUCUUUCAGGUCUCUGGAACCGAUUCGUACAACACCAAAGCGAUCGAGGUUCCAGCUAUAGCAGCUUCUCUCAACUCUAACGACGUGUUUCUGCUGAAGAGUCAGAACUCAGUGUUCUUGUGGUAUGGCAAGGGCUCGAGUGGAGAUGAACGAGCGAUGGCUAAAGAGAUGAGCACUUUUCUUGGCAGAGGGCUUUCUGAGGAAAUCAUGGCUGAGGGACAGGAACCCAUUGAAUUCUGGCAGCUUCUGGGAGGAAAAACUCCGUAUGCAAGCGACAAAAGGCUGCAGCAGGGCACGAACGAUCAUCAGCCGCGUCUGUUCGAGUGCUCGAAUAAAACUGGAAAGUUCAUCGUCACUGAAAUCUCUCAGUUUACUCAGGACGACCUGAAUGAGACCGAUGUCAUGCUGCUGGACACCUGGGAUCAGGUGUUCCUGUGGAUCGGAAUUGAGGCGAAUGACACGGAGAAGAAGGAAUCUAUCACCAUGUGUCAGGAAUAUUUACGCACGCAUCCCGGAAUGCGAGACCCCGACACCCCCAUCCUUCUCCUCAAACAGGGCUUCGAACCCCCGACCUUCACCGGCUGGUUCCUGGCCUGGGACCCGAGCAAGUGGAGCGGCGGGAAACCUUACGAGCAGCUGAGGGAGGAACUGGGCGUGGUCACAGAAGCAGUCAGCAUCACCACGGCAGGACAAGCUAACGCUAACGGGCCGGGCAGUGAUCAGAGCGGUGAUACAGAAGAAGAAAAUCGAGUGUAUCAGACUUUUCCUCUUGACGAACUCAUUAACAAAUCAGCUGAAGAGCUUCCAGAGGGAGUCGACCCCGCCCGCAGAGAGAAACAUCUGUCAGAUGAGGAUUUCCUCUCCGUAUUCCAGAUGUCUAAAGAUGUGUUUAACACUUUGCCGCAGUGGAAACAGCUGGACAGCAAGAAGAAAAACAAACUAUUUUGA